GGCGCCGGCGGUAGCCAGCAGCGUCUGCAGCCGCGCGCCCCGGCGCGCUCCGGCUGGGCCAUGGAGCUGCCAGCUGUUGGCGAGCACGUCUUCGCCGUGGAGAGCAUCGAGAAGAAGCGGAUCCGCAAGGGCAGAGUGGAGUAUCUGGUGAAAUGGAGAGGCUGGUCCCCCAAAUAUAACACGUGGGAGCCCGAGGAGAACAUCCUGGACCCGCGGCUGUUGAUCGCCUUCCAGAACAGGGAACGGCAGGAGCAGCUGAUGGGGUACCGGAAGAGAGGCCCGAAGCCCAAGCCGCUGGUGGUGCAGGUGCCCACGUUCGCCCGGCGCUCCAACGUGCUCACGGGCCUGCAGGACCCCUCGGCCGACAACCGUGCCAAGCUGGAGCUGGGCGCGCAGGGCAAGGGCCAGGGGCACCAGUACGAGCUCAACAGCAAGAAGCACCACCCCUACCAGCCGCACAGCAAGGAGCGGGCGGGCAAGCCGCCGCCGCCGCCGGGCAAGGGCGGCAAGUACUACUACCAGCUCAACAGCAAGAAGCACCACCCCUACCAGCCGGACCCCAAGAUGUACGACCUGCAGUACCAGGGCGGCCACAAGGAGGCGCCCAGCCCCACCUGCCCGGACCUGGGCGCCAAGAGCCACGCGACCGACAAGUGGGCCCACGGCGCGGGGACCAAGGGCUACCUGGGCGCCGUGAAGCCGCUGGGCGGCGGCGGCGGCGCCGGGGCGCCGGGCAAGGGCUCGGAGAAGGGGCCCCCCAACGGGCUGGCGGCGGCCCCCAAGGAAGCCGCGGCGGCCGGCAAUGGCAUCGGGGGCAAAAUGAAGAUCGUCAAGAACAAGAACAAGAACGGGCGCAUCGUGAUCGUGAUGAGCAAGUACAUGGAGAACGGCAUGCAGGCGGCCAAGAUCAAGUCGGGCGAGGCGGCCGAGGGCGACGCGCGCUCCCCGGGCCACAAGAAGCGGGCGGCCGAGGAGCGCCACCCGCCGGCCGACAGGACCUUCAAGAAGGCCGCGGUGCCCGAGGAGCGCAAGGCGGAGGCGGCCUGCCGGCGGCGGGAGGAGGAGGCGCCCGGGCCCGGGGACCCGCAGCCCCAGGACGCCGGCGCCCGGAAGCUGUCCCCGAGCAAGGAGGCCUUGGGCGAGCAGCCGCUGCAGCUCACCACCAAGCCCGACCCGCUGGCCUGGGACCCGGCCCGCGGCGCGCACCCGCACCCGCCCCCGCACCACCACCAUCACCCCCACGCCCACGCCGCCGGCCUCGGCCUGGCCCACGCGCGCAAGCGCUGCCUCUCCGAGACCCACGGCGAGCGCGAGCCGUGCAAGAAGCGGCUCACGGCGCGCAGCAUCAGCACGCCCACCUGCUUGGGGGGCAGCCCGGCCGCCGAGGCGGGCCCCGCGCCCGCCCUGCCGCAGCCGGAGGUCAUCCUGCUGGACUCGGACCUGGACGAGCCCAUAGACUUGCGAUGCGUCAAGACGCGCGGCGACGCUGGGGAGCCGCCCGGCGCGCUGCUGGUGAAGCCGGAGGCCCCCGCGCCGCCCACGGCGCCGGCCUCCGCGGCCGAGAAGCCCCCGGCCGAGGCCCAGGACGAGCCCGCCGAGCCGCUGAGCGAGUUCAAGCCCUUCUUUGGGAAUAUAAUUAUCACCGACGUCACCGCGAACUGCCUCACUGUCACCUUCAAGGAGUACGUGACGGUGUAGCCGGAGCGCGUGGGAAGGGGCAGCACCGCCCCCCGGGGGGAGGGCUUGGCCGCCGCGGGGUGGGGGCCCCGCCGGGCGCCUUCGGCCUCCAAGCGCGCGUGCGCGCAAACCUCGGACCCGGCGGGCCGCCCGCGUGUCCGCCCGGACCGUGCCGCCUCUCCUCGCGUUUGUACGUGGUGUUAUUCUUUGAAUCGUAUUGUUGGAGCUCAAAGAGCCCGACCCCCUCCUCUGGGCCGGUAUACAUAUAUAUAUAAAUAUAUAUAUAUUUAUUUGUAGGUAUUUAUAUAUGGAAAUAUAAAAUCCUAGAUUUAUGGAGUGCCCUCUAGAUCAUGUUAUUCUAUAUCAGAUUAUUUUCUGUUCCGCCUCCCUUCCCCUCGUCCAGUACUUGGGUUCACUUCAGUCCCCUGCCCGAUCCAGGAACUGCAGUACCAGUAACCUCGGUAUAUAUUUUUUGAUACUGUAUACAUGGAUGUGUUGUUUCUAUGUGCAAAAAAAAAAAAAAGUUUGUUAAAAGGCUAAAGGAGCUCUCUAGAAACAGCUGCUACUCUAAGUGUCUAAACGAUAAGCUUAUUACCUGCUUGAAUGUAAAUAUUAAAUGGAGAUGUCAAAGGUG